GCUUGCCAGCAGAAUCGCCCAUUUCUUUUUCCGAGGGUCUCGUUGGGGGUGGGGGGCCCUGGUGGGAAGGAAGGACGCAUCCUGGAGCCCGAAGAGAGGACGGCUGCUCUCCUUAACCUCACUGCGAACAUGUUGUACCUGGAGAAUAAUGCCCAGUCUCAGUACAGUGAGCCGCAGUACACGAACCUGGGGCUCCUCAAUAGCAUGGACCAGCAGAUGCAAAAUGGCUCCUCCUCCACCAGCCCGUACAACACAGAGCACGCUCAGAACAGCGUCACGGCGCCCUCGCCCUACGCCCAGCCCAGCUCCACCUUCGAUGCCCUCUCGCCUUCCCCUGCCAUCCCUUCCAACACCGACUACCCAGGACCUCACAGCUUCGAUGUAUCAUUUCAACAGUCCAGCACGGCCAAGUCUGCAACAUGGACGUACUCAACCGAACUAAAGAAGUUGUACUGCCAGAUCGCCAAGACGUGCCCCAUCCAGAUCAAGGUGAUGACCCCCCCACCUCAGGGUGCUGUCAUCCGGGCCAUGCCGGUGUACAAAAAAGCCGAGCACGUCACCGAAGUGGUGAAACGGUGCCCCAAUCACGAGCUCAGCCGUGAGUUCAACGAGGGCCAAAUAGCUCCUCCUAGUCACCUGAUCAGAGUUGAAGGAAACAGCCACGCCCAGUACGUGGAGGACCCCAUCACUGGCAGACAGAGCGUCCUUGUGCCCUACGAACCACCACAGGUGGGCACUGAAUUCACGACCGUGUUGUACAAUUUUAUGUGCAACAGCAGUUGCGUCGGGGGCAUGAACCGGCGCCCCAUCCUGAUAAUUGUGACGCUGGAAACGAGAGAUGGGCAAGUCCUGGGGCGUCGGUGCUUUGAGGCUCGGAUCUGCGCAUGCCCAGGCAGGGACCGCAAAGCAGAUGAGGACAGUAUCCGGAAGCAGCAAGUCUCCGACAACACAAAGAACGGUGAUGGUACGAAGCGCCCUUUCCGGCAGAGCACACACGGCAUCCAGAUGACAUCGGUCAAGAAACGGCGCACUCCAGAUGAUGAGCUGUUAUACCUACCGGUACGAGGCAGGGAGACAUAUGAAAUGCUGUUGAAGAUCAAGGAGUCGCUGGAGCUCAUGCAAUAUCUCCCGCAACAUACGAUUGAGACGUACCGGCAGCAGCAGCAACAGCAACAGCAACAUUUGCUGCAGAAGCAAAGUUCCAUCCAGUCUCAGUCUUCCUACGGGUCCAGCUCCCCUCCGCUCAGCAAGAUGAACAGCAUGAACAAGCUGCCUUCGGUCAGCCAGCUGAUCAACCCGCAGCAGCGCAAUGCCCUGACGCCCACCACGAUCCCGGACAGCAUGGCAGCCAACAUUCCUAUGAUGGGGGCCCACAUAGCCAUGGCAGGGGACAUGAACGGGCUCAGCCCCACGCAGGCGCUGCCCCCUUCCCUCUCCAUGCCGUCGACGUCCCACUGCACUCCGCCUCCUCCCUACCCCACAGACUGCAGUAUCGUCAGUUUCUUAGCAAGGCUGGGCUGUUCGUCCUGCGUGGAUUAUUUCACGGCGCAAGGGCUGACCACCAUCUAUCAGAUUGAACACUACUCCAUGGAUGAUCUGGUGAGCCUCAAAAUCCCGGAGCAGUUCCGCCAUGCCAUUUGGAAAGGCAUCCUAGACCACCGGCAGCUGCACGAUUUCUCCUCCCCGCCCCACCUCUUGCGCACGCCCAGCGGCGCCUCCACCGUCAGCGUGGGCUCCAGCGAGACCCGUGGAGAACGGGUCAUUGAUGCCGUGCGCUUCACGCUCCGCCAGACGAUCUCCUUCCCUCCCCGCGACGAGUGGAGCGACUUCAACUUUGACUUGGACGCCCGUCGCAAUAAGCAGCAGCGCAUCAAAGAGGAAGGAGAGUGAAAGGGGUGCAGUGUGGCCCCACCCCCGCCCCUCGUCCACGCUGAUGGACCUCUCGGCUGCACCGGCCUGGUUUAAUUGCCCUUCAGUGGGGUGGGGGGGAGAGGAAGGGAGGAUCUUUCUCGUUGCCUGGCGCUUACCUGUCCCCACAGUUGUGGCCUGCUUGCCUCCUGGGGCUUGGGGACUGCCUGCUUUACCUCCAAAGUUGUGUUUCCUCAUCAGCCGUUGCUUUUGUUCUUGGGGAGGGGGUGGACUUGGUGCCUUCUGCCCAGUCAGGGCAGGGGGUUGUGUUCUUCGGCACCUAAAAAGGGAUGGGGGAAAGCCUUUGAAAUGCUUCGAAAAUUGUGGCACUUAAUUCUUGUGCUUCUGCUGAACCAAUGCACCUUUGUGUGCGUGCAUGUUUAGCGCAAGGCGGCUGCCUGCGGCGUACGCGCCUUCCCUCCUCACAGUGCACGCUUGCGAUCGGAUGCCACGCCUCUUGCAAAGACGCCUGCCUAGAUUCCUUUCUGAAUGUCUGUUUUCUGGUGUUAGUUUGAGGAUAUUAAAGGCAGCCCGUGAUCUGUGGCCACCUUGCAGUUUUGUAAGUUUGACGGCCACAAAGUUGAAUGCUGAGCAUUUGCCAAAUGGGAAAGAGAAAUGAUGUGCCCAACUGGAGCCAUGUGCUGUAUUGUGGUGUCUUUCUGAUAAAAUGAUGGCAGCGACAAUGAUGGAAUGGCGGAGUGGCCCUGUGGCUAAGCAGGAUACAUUUCAGCCUUCCCAUGCCAGUCUUAUUCUCGACCCAGAUGUACGGAGGGCCGUGCAUGCCUGACACAGAGCCCCACGGGGGGUGCAUUCCAGGGCAGCGGCAUCUCCAGGCAUCCUGUCUGCCGUCUGCCCGGCGAUCUUCAUGCGACAGGACAGUCUCACAAGACCCCUUGGCAGCCUGGCAGAGGCACCCAGAUGUUGACGGUGCCGUUCUGAGUAAUCUCAGCAUUCAUAAACCCUGUUUAUAAGAACAACAUUUCAGUUCCAUGGGGCUUCAGCCCACGCUUACCCCAGUUGCAAAUUGCACUGGUAUCCAACAUCUUUCCUAGGAUGUAAUCCUGAGCCUUUGGGCAAGUCUCCUGUUGGGAAUGGGCUGAUGGGAUGGCUUAAGGAAUUGCUGAGGGGGAAAUGAAACGAACGAAGCAAUGUGGAUGCAACUUUUCCCCAUGGUGUGAGAGAGAGUCUCCAAGGAGAGUGCAUUGGGUAGCUCCCCCUUUGUUCAUCAGGUUCCAUGUCUCUAUGCCAGCCACUCCGUGCCACAAAAAACUAGAUAGUGGAAAGUUUGGAAACCAAGCCCUGGCGUAGCUGCCGAGGCCGGAGGGUCUGGGUUGGCCACACGGAGAGACCCUUUCUUGCUUUAAAUUUCUCCUUGGACAUGUUGGCCAGCCUUACAAGCCCCUGAAAUUUAGAGCCAUCUUUAAAAAGAGGGUGCUGGUUUUCGUUUUCAGUUCUUUUUUUCCUGCAUCAGUGACAGUAGAUUCAGCGUUGGCCCCAGUUCAGCCUUGACUGGGAGCAUAAAACUGCGUCUUAGGAAGACUGCCCCAGGAGGCAGUUUGUAAACAAGUCGAGAUGCUUCAUUUGCUCUCUGGCAGUAAGCAAGAGCUACGUUCUGUUGGGUGCUUGGCGGGUUCUUUCCUGGAUGAACCAGUCCCACCAACACCUCAAUGUGACUUGGCCCAUGCGGACCUUUCACUCCCAUGGGAAGCCCUGCCCCGUCCUGCCCUGAUUUUUCUCUCUGCUGGAGUUUCAUGAUUAAUCUCUUUCCGCAUCUUCCCGCUCACAAAAUGGUGUCAAAUGAUUAGCUUCGUAAACAUCCAACUGUAUUUCUCUCUGUAUAUAUAUAUUUUUUUUUUCAGCUUCUGCUGCCAGCUCAGCAAAGCCAUGCAUUUAGUCUUUCUUACUGGCAUAGGCUCCUUUCUACAGCCGCAAGUCUCUCCUCUGUCCUUCCUUCUUCCCCUAACAAAUAUUCCCCAGCCCAAUGUUUACUGCCUAACAGGCACUGCAGCUCUGCGAUUCCCAUCCUUCUGCAUCUGUCUACAACUGAAAUGAGAGAUUCUUCUUUACUCUUGUAAAGUUUGUAAGUAAAUUGUUUUGUUUGCGUGAUUUUUGGGGGGUCAUUUUCCUAGAGCAAUCAUUAUUGAUCUCUUUGUUUUAUUAUUAUUGUUUCUUCUUGGGAAAUUGGGCCUUUCAGAACCACAGUUGUUUUGUAUUUUUUUAAAUUUUUUAAAAUUGUUUUUUUUUAAUGGGAAAGGCUGUCUGUAUUCUGAUUUGCAAAACGCUAGUGACCCUGUUAAUGCAGGUGUCUGCAUUAAAGAGAUGCGGGGGAACGGGUGAUUGCAAAAAACCCUCACUUUGGGGAGAGGGGAAGGGGGGUUGACUUCUAGUCAAAAAGUCCGAGAUUUCAAAACAACCAUUUUUUCAAUUCAAAUGGCAGACAUCCACAGGUUAUUUGUGACUUGUAACAAGUAUUAAUUUGAUUAAAAACACUCUGUUAAUGCCAUUGUAAAUAAAAGCCAA